AUGAAAGUCCAGGCGGGUGCCUGGAGUUGGAAGCAGCAGUCAGGGUGCGUCGGAGCCGCCGGCCCGGAGCCCCGGCCCCUCACCAUGGACAUUCUCGAGACGGACGCCCGCUACCGCCGGAACAUUGCGGCUGAUGCCAAGAGCCGCCGCCUCAAGCUGCUGCCGUUCCUGGCCGCCUGCGGCCUGUACUUCGCCCUGCUGCUGCCUGAGCCCAGCUGGGUCAGCGCCGGUGUCAAGAGCCUCCCGGUCCUGAGCCUGGUCUUCUUCCUGACAGCCCAGGCCUGGGGUGACGGCGCCUGGACCCCGGCUGCCCGCCGGGUCUGCUGGGGGCUGAUGUUCUCCAGCCUGGGAGACGCCUCCCUGGUCUGGCCUCAACUAUUCCUCCUAGGCAUGGUGGCCUUCGCUCUGGCUCACGUCUGCUACAUCUGGGCCCUGGGCCUGCGUCCCGUCCGCCCCUGGCUCCUGCUGCUGCUGGCGCUGGCCUGGGCGGGGGCCUACGCGACGCUGUGGCCCUGCCUGGGGGGCCCCUACGUGCCGGCCGUGGGGGGCUACGGGGCGCUGCUGGCGGCCGUGGCCUGGCGGGCCUUGGCCCGGCCUCCCCCACACCUGGCCGUGGCCACCGGCUCCCUGCUCUUCAUGGCCUCCGACCUGGUGCUGGCCAGGGACCACUUCUGCGCCCCGGUGCCCCAGGCCCGGCUCAUCGUCAUGGGCACCUACUACGCGGCCCAGGGGCUGAUCGCAGCCUGGGCCCCCCGCGCCAGCCCCCGCUGGAAGGAGAGCUGAGCCGGCGCCCGCGACCUCUGACCCCAGGGGGAUCCGGCAGGUGCACCCGUGACCUCUGACCCCAU